ACUGACCAGGCAUUAGCAAACAACUGAUAAGCAAAUGGGAGGGAACAACUGACAUCUACACAGCUUUAUAUAGCUCUAUUUCACACUCGAGCAUAAAUCACUCGGCGCCCGCCGCCCUGCCCUGUAAGGAGGAAGGCCAGAUAGGAGGUGGCCACAAGUUUCUGUCAGUUUCUGAGCAGAGAGCCUUUAAAAUCAAUCUAAGGACAUAUUCAAUAAUAAAGAAUAGAGGACACAAGCUGGUUAAAACUGAGGGAUUAAUUUUUUUUAAUAUCUAUCCAGUACUAUAGUAAAGUGACGUAACAAUUACAACCAUUGUCAUGCCGGACUUCACGACCCUGACGGUGCCGGUGGGAGUGCGGAUCCUGGAGCUGAUCUUCACCUGUGUCUCCUUCAGCCUGGUGGCAUCGGUUGGCCACAGCACUCACCAAUACUGGACGUUGUGCAUGUUCGUGUGGUGCCUCUGUUUCUGUGUCACCUUCCUCAUCCUCAUCCUGGAGUUAACCGGCAUCAACACUAAGCUGCCGAUCUCAUGGGAUGACUUCACUACAGCUUUUGCCAUGUUGGCAACUCUAUUGGUGCUGGCUGCGUCCGUCAUCUUCCCCACCAUCUUUGCCAGGUAUGGGUAUGGCUUGUACAUCGGCGCCUCUGUUACCUCCUGUCUAGCCUUCAUCCUGUACGCCAUCGAGGUCGGGCUGACCCGGGCCAAACCUGGAGAACUCAGUGGCUUCCUGUCCACAGUCCCGGGCCUCCUCAAGGUUCUGGAGGCCUUCGUGGCGUGCAUCAUCUUCAGCUGCCUGGGGUACAGUGGUUACUGGGUUAAACCAGGCCUCCAGUGGUGUGUCGCUGUCUACUCCAUCUGCUUCACUUUCGCCCUCAUUGUCAUCAUCUUCACAAUCUGCCGCCUCCUCUCUCUCUUCCCCGCUCCAUUUGAGAAAGUCCUGUGCGGCUGUAAUGUGAUGGCGGUGCUGAUGUACAUGACGGCCGUGGUUAUUUGGCCACUUUACAGUUUCAAGGACUCUCCCAGGCCUGCAUAUUGCUCGAAUAUGCAUUGUCCAUGGGAUGAUUUAGUGGUUGUUUCUUUCAUGACAUGUUUCAACUUGGUUGCUUACAUUGUAGAUACGGUUUAUUCUUUUAGGCUGGUCUUCUUUGUAAGCAGAAGCUAAACUGUAAAGAAGUUGGAAAAUUUAAAUGUUGGACAUCUUGCAUCACUGUUAUGUAUAAUACAUUUUAUCACUGUUUUUUU